UUUGGGUUAAAAAUAAAAAAAAAAACGAGGGAAAGGGAAUUCAGGGCAGGAAGCUCUCCAAAGUCGUAAAAUCUGCGCCAUUUCAGAGAAAGAAACAGUAGCAGUGUGAGAGAGAAAGGAAGUAGGCAUACUGUAGACGACGAAACCAGGCGACUCACUCUCUCGUACUUCUCGUGAUUUGCAUUUCUCACUUUUCUCUUUCUUCAUUCACUCUCCCACCUAUCUCUCUCUCUCUCUCUUGUCCUAACCUUCACAACACACCUCCCUCUCUCUCUCUCUCUCUCUCUCUCUCCCUUCUUCAACACUGCGCAUUCUCUCUCUGUCUCUGUCUUUCCACGGUCUCCGCUGCAGCUAGUGAUAAACUCUGUUUCCGUUUUGAUCAACGGCUCUGAUUGCGUUUCAGGAUCAUUUUUCAGAAAUUUAUUUACAAUAAAAGCAAAUGAUGCAAAAUCAGCUCAGGAACAAGACAUGGUAUUGGUCAAGGGGUUUUAUUAGGCCAUUCAACUCUGGGAAUCAAUAUGAUUGAACAGAAUUUCAAAAGAUAUAUGGUGUUCUUUCUGAUUUCCGUGCUACGUUACCUUCAAAAAGCUUCUUCAGAAAUGGGCUAAUGUGAUCUUCGAAAGAGAUAUCAGUUCCUUUUAUCAUUUGAGUGAAUCUUAUAGAGAUGGAUGCAUUGCCUAGUACUUCUGAAAUUGUUGAAUCAACUGAAGAAUUAGAUUUUGAUUUGAAAAUAAGUGAGAAAGCUCGAAAGCAUUCUGUUCCUAAAUCAGGAAAUAGGUAUUCUAUAGAGGAUGACAUAAAUCGUCUUUUUGAAGCAAUUGACAAUAGAACUUUAGGUAAGGGUCUUGGUCUAAACCAUGGAAGCAGUAAAGAUAGUCUACAGAAGAAAGCAAUGAAGAGACCAGUCAGAGUUGGUUCACCACAAAUAUCAGGAAUUGGAAUUUCUGAGCCAAUGAGUUUGAAGCAGGCAUUGAGGGGAUUAUGCAUCUCUCAGGCAUCGGAGAUGGCUGCUAUGAAGCGAUUAUCAAGGCCAGCAGGUUCAUCAGGGGCAUCAGAAGCAGGAACUAUCAAAAGGUUGUACAGGGCAGUUGUAGUUGAGGCGAAUGGAUCCGGCCUUCCCCUGAGUGAAGGUAAUUUGGUGGAAAUAUCCCUUGUACCAGAAAGAAUCACAUCAGAUUUCACUGAGAAGAUGUGCGAAUCCUCACAAAAGGAAAAGGCAGAGUUGUCAUAUCAAAAUGCUCAUUCUUCGCCGGAUCAAGUUGUUCCUUUGCAUACAGGGCGUAGUAGUGAAAUACCAGAGACUGAAGUUAAAAGGCUUAAAUCUGCAGAUUCUUCUCCUACCAGUCAUACUACCAAGAAAUUGCCAGAGGUGGAUGAAAAAACUUCUGCCUCUAUUCAAGUAUUGGCGAAAACUCCAGUGCCAGAAGGGCUGAAAAAUCAUUUACAUACUUCAUCUUUACUGCCUAAUUGCCACUCUGGUAUUGUGGCAAACAGUCCUGCAUGUGGUAGUCCACGAAUUAUGAGGCCAAUCCUCAGGAACAAGAGCUUUGUGAAAAAGAAAGUAAAGCAGGAUUCAGCCCCUGUCUCUGGCAUUUCCAAUCUGUGUAGUGGAAAACCCAACAAUGAUCUGGGUUGUAGUACUAGCAAUUCAGACAUUUGUGAGUACGCUACAGGGAUUAGAAAGGAAGAAAGAGUGAAAGGUUCUUCAGCAUCCAGUGCUACAAAUUGUAUUAUUGAAUGCAAUUCAGGCAUUGAGGAUACAAGUUCAAGCAAACUGGGUUCAAAUCUUUCUGGUAAUAGAACAAAAUCUAUAUCGACUAAAGUUGAUGAAAGAUCAAGAUCAAGAGAAAAGGGUGAGUUCUCCCAAAGCUCAAAAAGUAGCAUUGGAGAUUAUAGUAGUAGCACAAGUGUUAGUGAAGAUAGCAAUCUAAGUGGGUCUAGUCGGUGUGGCAAUAGGCCUCAUAUGUCUAAGGACUUGAGGUGGGAAGCCAUUCGUCAGGUUCAGAAGCAGCAUGGAAGGUUAGGUUUAAAGCACUUCAUGCUAAUCAAGAAGCUAGGCUGUGGGGAUAUUGGGUCUGUUUAUCUUGCUGAGCUUGCCGGUACAAAUUGUCUGUUUGCUUUGAAAGUGAUGGACAAUGAAUUUUUGGCAAGUAGAAAGAAGAUGUCUAGGGCUGAAACUGAAAGAGAGAUUUUGCAGAUGCUGGAUCAUCCUUUUCUCCCCACAUUAUAUGCCCAUUUUGUAUCUGAUAGAUUCUCAUGCUUGGCUAUGGAAUAUUGUCCUGGUGGAGAUCUACAUGUGCUGAGGCAGAAGCAACCUAACAGGAGUUUCUCUGAACAAGCAGCAAGGUUUUAUGUUGCAGAAGUCCUCCUUGCGCUAGAGUACUUACACAUGCUUGGAGUUGUUUAUCGUGAUUUAAAACCAGAAAAUAUCCUGGUCAGAGAAGAUGGGCACAUCAUGCUCUCAGAUUUUGACUUGUCACUUAGAUGUGCUGUUAAUCCAAUUCUGGUUCAAUCAUCUAGACCAAUUCAGGAGCCCAAUAAAAAGAUGUCAAGUCCUUGCUCUGAAGCUAGCUGCAUUGACCCUUUCUGCCUCCACCCAGCCUGGCAGGUUUCAUGUUUCACUCCUCGACUUCUAUCAGUAGCUGCAAAAUCUCGGAAGUUAAAAUCUGACCUAGCUGCUCAAGUCACCCCCCUGCCACAGCUGGUUGUGGAGCCAACUAAUGCCAGAUCUAACUCCUUCGUCGGAACUUAUGAAUACCUUGCUCCAGAGAUAAUCAAAGGUGAGGGUCAUGGCAGUGCUGUUGAUUGGUGGACAUUUGGAAUCUUCCUGUUUGAGCUGUUGUAUGGCAGGACACCGUUCAAGGGGUCAGGAAAUGAGGAAACAUUGUCCAAUGUGGUGUCGCGAAGCCUCAAGUUUCCAAGUAGCCCUGUAGUCAGUUUUCACACGCGUGAUUUGAUUAGAGGUUUGCUGAUAAAGGAGCCUGAAAAUAGAUUAGGAUCUGCAAAAGGAGCUGCAGAGAUCAAACAGCACCCUUUCUUCGAAGGCCUGAAUUGGGCGCUGAUACGAUGUGCAAUACCACCGGAGAUGCCAAAGAUUGGUGAUGCUGGAAUUAGCACACCAACCACAUUUCCCCAGAACAAGGACAGCACUAAAUGUAAGGAAUCUAAGGGUACAGAAGAGUAUACAGAGUUUGAGAUGUUCUAGAGUGGGAAAGGAAGAUGUUUGAUUUUCUUCUUCAAAAAUGAGGUUUCUCAUCCUUGUUGUAACUGAUAUGUAUUUAUAGUAUAUAGUGUAAAUGUAAUUCUGAAAAUUGGCGGCAGUAUACCUUAACAGGGAAAAUUAGCACUCUCUCUGACCUGGAACUAAGCAUCUUUUCUCCUUGGUGGUUUUGAUCCCA